AUGACGCCUCCGACGGCCACCUUCCUCACACUCCUCGUCCUCGGCGCCGUCGUCAUGGGCGCCGCGGCGGACGGGCCGCCCGCCACCUACCUGUUCUUCGUCGACCCCACACCGCCCGGCGUCACCUGCAUGCAGUACCACCUCGGCAUCCUCACCGCCGCCCUCGGAAGCGAGGAGAAGGCGAAGGCGGCCAUCAUAUACAACUACAAGAACGUGGUCAGCGGGUUCUCGGCGAGGGUCACGCCGGCCGAGCUCGAGGCCAUCAAGAAGCAACCGCAUGUGAACCGGGCGCUGCCGAGCGCUACGUUGCAACUCAUGAGCAGCAACUUCGACGGCGUCAGCUGA